AUGAGCGACGCAGCGACGGUAGUAACGAGUCAGCGUGCAGACGGAGAAGCCAGGCAGCCGAAUCCGGAUGACACGUGGCAGAAGCUCAUUCGCCAGCUGGAGGACUGUUUCGCGGAUGAGCACCAGCACCAGCACCAGCACCAGCAGCAGCACCACCAUCACCCACCAUUCUAUGCUCCUAUCUCUCCGUUUCAUCUUUCCGUCGCCGUGCCCCCCUUCCUCCAGAAAGCCCCCUGGAUCAUCCCUCUGCGGCCGCACUUCACAGCUGCUGCACGUCCGGCUGGCACAUGUUUUCAUCUCCCUGCCUCUCCGUCUAUCCGCCUCUCCCUCUCGCUGCCCCCCUUCCUCCAGAAAGCCCCCUGGAUCAUCCCUCUGCGGCCACACUUCACAGCUGCUGCACGUCGAGGGGACCCCUUCCUCUCCUUCCCUGCUGCCGUCCUCCCAGCCUUUGCCAAGAAGGUCACUGCUGCCUGUGCAUCCAUAGACCAUGCGUGUGACAACAACCCCACAGCGGCUGUAGCACUCGUGCUGGCAGCAGUGGCCCGGAACCCAGAGAAGCAGCAGCAGCAGUGCUCCCACGAGUUGCCUCGGACGCUGAGUGUGACUGUGAGGAGGGACGAGUACAUUCUGGAUCGAAUAGCAGAGGUUCUUGUAGCGAGCUGGUCUGGGGGCGAGAGGAGCAGUGGGAGCGCGGAGAAGGAUGGCAGCAGCAGCGGGCACACAGCCAGUAAUGGCAGCAGCGGUGGUAGUGGCAGCAGAGAGGGCGAGCGGAGGGAGACGAGCAGGGAUAAGAGACAGGUGGUUGUUGGUGCAGAUGCCGGAUCACUUGUCAUCUCCAAGCUACUGCACAAGCAUCAUCCCCACAUGCGUCUCUUCUCGCUCCUCCCAGCCUCCUUUUUGCUGCCUCACAACAUUCCACCACCACCAACACAACCAUUAAAAUCAACAGCCUCUGCAGCAGAGACAGCAGAAGCAAUAGCAGCACCAGCACCAGCACCAGCAGCAGCACCACCACCACCACCACCAUCACCAAGUGCCACGAAUACAACCAGCACCACCGACAGAGUGCCAGUGAACAGUACAAACCCCUGCCAGCUGGCCGCGAACCGCACGACAACAUGCCAGCUGGCGGUGAACAGCAUGGCGAGCUGGCUGGCGGGGUGUGAGGUGCGGGGACCUGCAGUGGUGGCGGUGGUGGAGGCAUCGUGGAGUGACACGAGGAGAGGGGAGAUGGAGGAGGAGGGGGUGACGGCGUGGGACGUGUACAGCCGGAGAGGGGAGAUGGAGGAGGAAGGGGUGAUGGCAUGGGAGGACGUGUAUAGCCCGUGCCAUGCUCUCUGCCGCACUCCUUGUUCCACGUCUCCCUCCCAACCUCUCACUGCCCCUCCGCGCCCUCUCCCCACCGUCCCCAGGCAGGCUCUGAGGGCGAUUCAGAGAGAGUACGAGGAGGGGUGGGGGAGAGUCGUGGAUCCCUGGGGGGUAUGGUGGGGAGAGGGGGAAGGGGGGGAAGGGGAACAAAUGGAUAUUACCACAGGAGACGGAAAUGGAGCGGAUGGAGAGGAGAUGGAGGAGAAGGAAAGGGAGGAGGAGAAGAGGGCGGAGGAGAAGAGGGAGGAGGAGAAUAGGGAGGAGGAGGGGGAUGAGGAUGGCACAAUGGCAAGGAAGCGAUUGAAGGAGGUUGGAGAUUCUUCCCCAACAGGAGCAACCACCAGUGCAGCGGCAAUGCUAGGAAACAAUGAUGCUGUGACAGCACUAGCAUCUUCCCCAGGCCCCUCGCCCUCUUCCACCACGCCUGCUGCCCUGGGUUGCCUCGUGUCCAUCGCCUAUACAGUAUCUCUGCAAACGAACGAGCUUCAGUGUGCUGAGCAGCAGCACGAGGCUGGCAAAUCGCCGCAUCAUCCCUCAAAAGAAGUCUGCUCGGAGGGCAAGGAGGAAGUGUGCUUGGAGAGCAGGGAGUGCUUCGAGUUUGAGUUUGGGCGCGGCUGUGUGGACGAGCGGAUCGAGGCUGUGAUUGGCUGCUUGCUGCCAGGUCAGACUGCUGACGUCAGCAUACCGAUCCGCGGGCAUCUGCUGCCCUUCCCUGCGCUGGAGGCGAUUCAGCCUGUGGCAGUCCCAGGCGCCUCAAUCCUCCACUGGCGAAUCACCCUCCUCUCGGUCGCAGCAGCGGAGGAGGAGGAUCGCAUCGAUGCAGCCAUCUUCUCCCCGUCCCUCUCCAAGCAGCGCCUUGCCUUUGCCGCAGCACUCAUCUCGAAGCACGCCCCAGCAUUCCUGCUGGAUGUUGGUUGUGGGUCUGCCUCUCUCUUCGACUACCUGCUGUCUGCUUCAGCUGCAGCAAGCAAGGGCGGAAGCAAGGUUGGCAGUGCUGCCUGCAACAGCAUUAGUGGAAGCAACGCUGAUUCUUUCUGCUUGCCAGCGAGCAUGGCGGGGUUCGACAUCAGUCACAAGGAGCUGGAGCGGGCUGGACGGAGCCUAACUCGCACCAUCACCAGCCUACAGGCAGCCACUCAGGCAUCACCAGAAUCAGCCACUACGUCAGCACAGGAGCAGCCUGCACCAGAAGCAACCUGCACUGCUGAGGCUCAGGUGCAACCUUCACCAGGAGCAGCCUCUGCUCACGCGCAGGUGCAGCCUGCACCAGAAGCAACCUGCACUGCUGAGGCUCAGGUGCAACCUUCACCAGAAGCAGCCUCUGCUCAAGCUCAGGUGCAGCCUGCACCAGAAACAACCUGCACUCCUGCAGAACGAGGCGCUUCUGCACGGGUGGCGCUCUAUGCCGGCUCCCUUGCUGACGUGGACGAUCGCAUGAAGAAUGCUGACGUGGCAACUUGCUUGGAGGUGGUGGAGCAUCUAGACGAGGAGCCAUUAGCAGCCUUUGGGGCCGUGGUGCUGGGAACACUCAGACCACGCGUUCUGCUCGUCUCCACGCCUAACAUCGAGUACAACCCUGCCAUCCGUGCUGCCACUCCAUCAGGUGGUGGAGCAUUUAGACGAGGAGCCAUUGGCAGCCUUUGGAGCCGUGGUGCUGGGGGCUCUCAGACCACGCCUUCUGCUCAAGCAGCAGGGCAGGCAGGAGGAGGAGGGAAGAAGAGAAGGAAAAAGAAGAAGGGACAGCAGGCAGGUCAGCAGGCAGGUCAGACAGGUCAGCAGGCUCAGGAGCAGCAACAGCAGCAGCAGGAGUUGCGGAAUUCCGAUCACCGAUUCGAGUGGACAAGGAAGGAGUUUGAAUCCUGGGCGAACGCGCUGGCGCAGGAGUAUGGUUACCAUGUUACAUUCGGUGGAGUGGGCGUGCUGCCAGAAGCGGAGCACCUGGGGUUUGCCACACAAACAGCUGUUUUUGUAAGAGUUGGAUGUGAGAUGAAGGAUCUGGGGUUGGAGGAGGUGGAGAGGAUGGAGAUUGAUUCUACCAAGUUGAUAGCGGAUCUUGACGGUGAGAAGAAGCCUUAUGAAUUGAUGCGUGACCUCAUGAAGCUCAACCCUGACGUCAUGUCGUUGGGCCAGGGCGUGGUGUACUGGUUACCACCCGAUGCAGUCCUGGCAGCAGCGCAGGCAGCGGUGCAUGACCCUGUGAGCAGCGGGUACGGGGUGGACGAUGGCACCAUGGAGCUCAGAGCAGCGCUGGUGGAGAAAGUGAAGACGGAGAAUGGACUCAUGGACUCGUCUAUCAUGUAUCCUCCUCCAAUCCUACCCUCAUAUAUCCCCACUCGCUACCAGGCGUUUGUGAACGUGGUAUUAACGCUGUGUGACCCGGACGACGCAGUGGUGCUCUUCAAGCCGUUCUACUUCAACCAUCAGAUGGCGUUUCAGAUGACUGGCAUCACUGACAUCGUGUAUGGGCCAUGUGACCCCGACACCCUGCACCCCAGCGCUGAUUGGCUGGAGGAGGCGCUCUCUGGGAAGGAGGGCAGGAAGGUUCCCAAAGUGGUGGUGAUCACCAAUCCCAACAACCCCACCGGGACCUAUGUUCCCGAGGACUUACUGCGGAGAAUCUCCGCUAUAUGUGCGAAGGCUGGCUCCUGGCUGGUGCUUGAUAACACCUACGAGUACUUCAUGUACGGUGGUAACCGCCAUGUGUGCCUGGAGGCCCCUCACAUACUCAACAUCUUCUCCUUCUCCAAGGCCUAUGGCAUGAUGGGAUGGCGCGUUGGCUAUAUCGCCUAUCCCAAUUCCUCCCCUCGGCUCGGUCCCUCUCUCAUCAAAGCACAAGACACCAUCCCCAUUUGCGCCAAUCUCAUUGGUCAACAAGCAGCCCUUGCCGCCCUCCAAUCCCCUUCCGCUGGAAAACCCUUCGUCGACCGCUGUAUCCAAACCCUUUCGACGAACCUGGAACAGGCUCGGGACGCCCUAGCCGUGCUCACAGGUCCGGGGGUUGGUGGGCGGGUGUGGGGCGGGGAGGGGGCUAUUUACCUUUGGGCGAAGCUUCCGGAAGGGUGUGAAGAUGAUGGGGCUGUGGUGAGGUGGUUGGUGAGUGAACAUGGUGUGGUGGUUAUUCCGGGGAGUGCGAGCGGUGCACCCGGGCAUAUUAGGGUGUCUUUUGCGAACUUACCUGCAGAAAAGGACAAGGUUGCUGCAGGGAGGUUGAAGAAGGGGCUUCAAGAGCUCGUUGAGAAGGGGAUGAAGUUUCCUUUCUGCUGCUGUGAAUCAGUGAUUCGCUGCUUGGAAUCCCAUCCGUCACUCCACAUCCCUCCAGCUGCUGCUGCUGCUUAUGCUGCUGCUGCUGCUGCUGCUGCUGCUGCUUCUACUGCUGCUGUUAUUGAUGUUGCUGAUUUCGCGCUGUUGUUGCUACACCAGCCACCGUCGACCUAA